UAAACAAUUUGUUGUUUGCUGACUAUUCUCUGCCAUCCAAAUUCUCUCGCUCGUCUGCUGCCGCAUACACACACGCACACGCGCCGCCGGCUCCGGGUGGAACUGCAAAACCGUGCAACAACCCCCGAGAACAGUCAAAGAUGUCUCGCUAUCCGCACGACGCCAAGGUUUACGUCGGUGAGUUAGGUAACAACGCCAGCAAACAGGACAUUGAGGAAGCGUUCGGAUACUAUGGGCCGCUCCGCAACGUGUGGGUUGCCCGCAAUCCGCCCGGCUUUGCGUUCGUCGAGUUCGAAGAUGCACGGGACGCGGAAGAUGCGGUACGCGGACUGGAUGGGCGAACGAUUUCGGGCCGGCGGGCAAGGGUAGAGCUGUCAACGGGCAGGGGCGGACGUGGCGGAGGCCGUGGUGGACCACCGCGCGGUGGUGGUAAAGGUGGCCGGGCUCAGUUCGAUGACCGGUGCUACGAGUGUGGCGGCAGAGGCCACUUUGCACGCGAUUGCGGACGUUCCAGGCGCGGAGGCCGCAAAAGAUCGCGCAGCCCACGGUCGCGAUCGCGCGAGCUGCGGACUCGUUCGCGCAGCUACAGCCGUUCCCGUAGCCGCUCCCGGGAUCGUCGCUCGAGGUCCAAGGCUACACCGAAGCGCGGUGCUGUGGCUAACAAUCGAUCGUUGAGCCGGGACGUUAGCAAAACGCCACGGCGCAAUGUAUCCCGUAGCCCGUCGAGAAGUCGUUCCCGGUCGGCGAAGCGUUCGAUCUCACGCUCGCAGUCGCGAUCGGUGUCGAGAUCGCGUUCUCGUCACCGUAAUGGAGAUCACAACUAAAGCCAGGGGG